AUAUACGAAUACUUUUUAAUUUAUUCAUAGAAAUAUGAAUACAGCUCUUAAUCCAAAAUUUGGAUCACCUGCAAAUUCUGGCAUAAAUGAUGAUGGAUAUACAACUCGUAGUGACAAAGCAUUGUUAAAACCAAGUAAUACAAAUUCAAAAAGUGAUUAUGUUUCGUUGCAAGAUGAAAAUAAUCCAAAAACUGGACUACGUGGUCGCAAAACAAUCGCAUUUUGGACAUUAGUUUGUUUAUUGUUUACAUUAGCUGUUGGUAACUUAGUUCUAACAUUUAUAAUUCUGGGCGUUUUACGUUUAGGACAAGGAAUGGAAAGUUUAGAAAUUAUCCCAGAAUCAUCACUUAUAAAAUUCUUUAAAAACACCGACUUAGAUCGCUUAUAUAAACGAGAUGGAAAAUUAGAAGGUUUUAUUGAUACUCCGGUGGAAAUAAUUGGUGAUAAUGGAGCAAUAUUAUUUAAUUUAGUUGAUAAAAAUUCUAGACCAGAAAAUAAAUUUCGUUUAGAUAAAAAUGGUACAUCUGUGAAAUAUGUUCAAAAAUUAGAAAUUAUUGAACCUAAAACUGGAUACAAAAUUUUUAGUACUGAUAAUCCAAAAUUACAUAUAAAUGAUACAACGUUAAAUUUAAAUGCAAAAAUUGUCAAUACAAAUCGUGUCUCAAGUGGUAUCAAUGAAAAUUUACAUUUACGUGCAGGUUCACGAGCACAUUUACGGGGAAGUGAAGGAACUAAUAUGGGUAGUCGUGAAAUUGUAUGGUCAGCCGAUCAAGAUAUCUAUUUAAAAACUGAUAACGGUUCUGUGAUUUUAAAUGGUAAAGAGGGUGUUUAUAUUGAUAUUAAAAAAAUUCCUAUUGCAUCAGGAAGUUUGUUAAGUAAAUCGGUUGCUCAAUAUAAAGUAUGUGUUUGUAUGCCACCGGGUAAAUUAUUUAGAAUUCCUGUGUAUAAUGACCAUGGUCCGCGAGUUACUUGUUCUCAUGUUAGUUUUUCAUCUCAUUAUAAUCCAUGUGCUUAAUUUUAGUUAUUUUUAUAGAUCAGUCAUUGGAACAUUAUUAUACACGAUCUGACUUAUUGUUGAUUUUUCUGGUGUAUUUGAUUCAGAAAUGAUCUUAUUUUCAUUCAUCAUUGCCUAUAUUCGUUUGAUAAAUCAUUUCGCAUGCUACAUCCAUGAGUAUGAGAGAGUACAUUUACAUUAAAAAAUGUUUAUAUUUUUAUAUACUAUUAUAUGUUUGCUUGUACUCUCUAAAACUCAUGGAUGUAGGAUGCGAAAUAAUUUAUCUAACGUGCUGUAUCUGUUAAAAUUUUGCGUCAAAAAACACCCAGAAUACAUAUCAUUAUCACAUCUCAACGUAUAAAUGUUUAAAUUCAAUGACACAAUGAUCUAUUAGUAGAUUUCGAAUUUUUAUAGAAUCAGAAACAUCAUAUAAUCUAAUUUGAAUACAAUAACCAUUAUUAAACAUUUUUUAUCACAAAGGCCUAAUUUAAUAAUAGUAGUAAUUCAAAAUUGAUUAACCUUCGAUAUAAUAAAAUUAUUAAAAAAUUUGAAAAUGAAAAAUGUACCAAGUUAAAUGAGAGUACGAAAUAUGAUAAUGUUCUAUGAACAAAGACAAUAAUCUGCCAGAUGAACAUUGCAAUUUCGAGUAAACCAUGAGAAUAUUCAGUACCAUCAGAAUCUCUUUUAUUAUUAACAAUUUACUCCAUCCAAAUUUCAAACUGAAAAUCUUUUACUUCCAUCAUCGUAGAAAGGAACCAUAUUAAUUUUUUUUUUAAAUCGCGUUCUCCAUUUUCAAUGCAAAAUAUCUUGUUUUUCAAAAUGUCAACUUUAGGGCAAACUAACUGCUUUCUAACAGUCAGUCUUGAUACAAAGGUUUGUUAAACCAAAGUUGAAUUUUUUCUGGUACGGCGUUGAGGCGGUGUACAAAUCUUUCAGACACACUGUUAACCACACAUCAGUUUCAACGAAUGUUUAAUUGAAAAGAAAAAAAAUUAGAUAUCUUGAAAAACAUU